AUGCCGGGCCAAGAAGCUGACCCUCACACCAUCCAACACCUUCAAUGUCGUGUCCUGCCGCCCCACGGAAGCCUCAUCAGACGGGCGUCGACAAGCCGGCUGCACGCGGCAGCCGCAAAGCUGCGUCGGCCGCCACCCCAUCCGACAAGGCAGCACGCGGAGCCGGGCCAGACUCCACCUGUCGCGUACACCGCCGUCGCCGUCGCCGUCGCUGCCUCCGAAGACCUGCAGCCAGGGCUCCGCCGUUGGGGGGGCGGAUCCGGAACCCAGGACGCCAGAUCCGCCACGCCGGGCCGCCGCCGCCGCCUCCAAGCCCGGCACCACCAUGAGCCUGCCGGGAGGGGGAGGGGGCAGCCGCCGCCGCAACGCGUAGAUCAGCCCCCGGGGGCGCCGGAUCCAAUCCCCAGGACGCUGGAUCCGCAGCCCCGGGCCGCCGCCGUCACCGCGCCCGGCACUCGGCGCUGCUCGCCGAGCGCGGCUGCGCCAGCACGCAGCACAGGAGAGGCCCCGCGGCCGCCUUCCCCGCAGGUGCACGGGCUUCCGGUGCCCUGCUCCGGCAGCAGCGAGGCGGAGGGGGAGGUUGGGAGGGGGGUGCGCGGCGGCGGGGAUGAGGAGGCGGCUAAGGAGAGGAGUGAUAGGGAGCUAAGCCCUACUCCAAGUACAGAUACCCAGACCGAACAUUCCAAAGGUGCUCGGUCAGUUGCGAUGAAGCGUCGCAGCUCCUCCCAGACUAUUAGCGAUAGCGACACGAUCUUGGGGAAAGAUGAUGAGGACGACUCAGCCCCCAAAUCGGUAAUGGAGAAGCCUCCGGGUACUCCUGAUAUGAGUGCUCGUGAGACAGAAGAUAUGGUGAAUUCCAUACUUCGGGAUUCUCCAUUGCCUGACACCGAGAGGAGCGAUGAGAAGCUCCCAGAGGAUAGUGGAAGCGACAAGCUUCCAGAGGAGGAGGAUGAUGGUGAGAAGCUUCCCGAGGGAGGCAACAAUAAGCUGCCUGAGGAAACCCCUGCAGGGAAUACUGUAGGGAAGAUUGAAGAUGUGCCCAAAAGGGCUAUGUCUGAAGUGCGGGCGAGUACUUCCCAGGUCUCAUCGGGAAGUGUCUUGCCGCGAGAGAAAGUGGAGCUUGCUUUCAAGCUACUGGAGAUUCAGGAAAGUUUGGUACUGGAUCUAGAGAUACAUAUGUACCAAAACGCAGAUGAAAUUGAAAAGCUCAAGAAGAUCAAAGAGGUCUCCGACCGGGAGGCAGCGAUAGUUCUUCAACAGCUCAAGACCUUGUCAGAGUCCCGAGACUCGAUGCAACGAGAACUUGUAGAGCUGAGAGAAGUCAGAGAUGCUGCCCAGGAAAUAGCCGAGGUUUUGGAGAUUCCGGAGGGGAAUGAGGACGAACCGCUCUCGUUGGCGGGGAAACUUCGUAAAGUACCUGAAGCCUUUGAAGGGGACGCCGACGCCGAGCUCCUCGCCUACUUUCAGGCCCUGGACGAGGGCACCCAGAGGCUCAUCCGCGAUCUCCUCCGUCAAUGGGAUGAGGCCCGCCACGAGCUCGAUCGGGCGCAGAUGGACCAAGUCGUCAUCCACAGCUAG